AUCUCAUCCAAUGACAGUCGGCCAGUAAAGAGUUAAAGGGAGGAGACGGUGAGUGACACGCCUCAUUGGGUAGAUUAUGUGCUGCAAACAAAAAGUGUGUGUGUGUGUGCCAGUCAGCCAGUGCAUCGCGCCCCUUCUGCACGCAUCUCUUUCUCUCUCUCUGUCUCUCUCUCUCUCUCUCUCUCUCUCUCUGCCUCUCAGCAAAGGGCGAUAUCAGCGGCACCACUGUCACUUUCAAACGACCACACAGGGACAUGUACUGACGCGGAGGACGCAUCGACACCUGCUCUCCAAGGCGACAUAUUGAUUCAAGCAUCACUUUGGUGGAUUAUUAUUUAUUGUCAACUAAAAAAGUCAAGGAUGGAGGAAUCCAGCUCACAGAAGUUGGUUUGGGACGGCGACGCUAAAGCCGUGCAGCAGUGUCUAACGGAUAUAUUCACCAGUGUCUACACCACAUGUGACAUUCCGGAAAAUGCCAUUUUCGGGCCUUGUGUUUUGAGCCACACGUCGUUGUAUGACAGCAUAGCCUUCGUAGCGCUCAAAUCAACGGACAAACGAACGGCGCCAUACAUAUUCAGGGUGGACACGUCAGCAGCCAACAGCACGUCUGAGGGCUUGAUGUGGCUGCGGCUCGUGCAGUCGGCGCGGGACCGGGACGAGCAGAACCUCGAGGCCUACGUGAAGAACGGUCAGCUGUUCUACCGGUCUCUCCGGAGGAUCGAGAAGGACGAGGAGCUGUUGGUCUGGUACGGGAAAGACCUGAUUGAGCUGCUGCUGCUGCUCAGUGCCGGUAAAGCACCGGUCAAGGCCAAGGGGUCUGCUCCCUAUUCAUGUCCUGACUGCAACCAGCGCUUUCAAUUCGAGUUCCCUUUCCUUGCCCACCUGAGGUUUCGCUGCACCAAGAGACUACAGAGCAUGGCGGCGGGCGAUGUGGACGAGGAGGUCCCCAGUAAGGAGCCAAGCACCGAGCGCCCUAACCCCAACCUUACAACUACCACACCCACCAGGGCAAGCCCUAAACUGGGUCGCUCGGAGGGGGACAACGCCAAACCCUCCACAGACUUCCAUAACCUAGCCAGGGACCUAGAGAACAGCCGGACUAGCCCACCCAGCGACCGCGAGGCUGAGAUACGCAGCGAGAGCUCUGGGAAGAGGAAGUUCUCAGAGGUAGAGGACAGGGAUAGAGAGAGGGACAGGGAUGGUAGCAGGGCCUCUCUGAGUCUGUCUCAGUCGCUCAAGUCUAAGGAGGAGCUGGCUAGCUCGGCACAGAACUACCGGGGAGCCUACGGCCUGGAGGAGAACAGACGAGGGCCUACGUUCUCCCCACCAGGGUCGGGAUCCACUGAGUCAGGUGGUGAGGGUAAACGCAGCGCCUUCACCGAGGUCAAGAAGUCUCCACAGAGCCUAAAGACGCACGGUACCAGUGGCGGCACCAAAAACCUCCAGAGCUCCAACGCCGAAAACAAGGACGGAGGUCGGCCCGGCCCCGUCAACAACCCUCCCCAGGAGAAGCAUCUCAACAUCAGGCAGGUUCUGUCGGAGACUCAGCCUGUCCAGCCACAGACCCGCAUGGAGGCCUCUCCGCUAGGGAGCGCCUUCACCUCCGUAGCCCAGCAUGGUGGGGGGAACAGCGGAGAGAGGAAGAGCGCAUUCAGCCAACCCUCCCGCCACGCUACCUCCUCCUUCUCCCAGAUCUCUCCUCUGGUCAUGACCACGCCUAAACUGCUGGACUGCCACCCGGCGGUGGGUGACACCAUCUCCUCCUCUAGACUCUACCAGGCAGACCACCUGGCGGCCAAACUCCACGGCGCCGAGCUGAGCACCAACUGCCCCGUGCCGGGCGCCAUGUCCAAGCAGAGCCCGUUCCUCUACGCAGCGGCUGCUGCCACAGCCUUCUGGCCUAAGAGCCAGGGCCCCAUCCAGCUGCAGAUGCCCUCAGCAUUAACCUUACUCCCCCCCUCCUUCACCUCUCUGUGUCUGCCCGCCCAGAACUGGUGCGCCAAGUGCAACGCCUCCUUCAGGAUGACCUCUGACCUGGUGUAUCACAUGAGGUCGCACCACAAGAAGGAGUUGGCCAUGGAGCCGAUGGUUAAGAGGAGGCGUGAGGAGAAACUCAAGUGUCCAAUCUGUAACGAGUCGUUCAGGGAGAGGCACCACCUCUCGCGUCACAUGACCUCCCACAACUGACCUUUAGAUCAAUAGCAAACCGUUUUCACACUGCUAGGCCAAGCUGAACUGAGCCAAGCUGAACUGAGCCAAGCUGAACUGAGCCAAGCUGAGCUGAGCCAAGCUGAGCUGGGUUACGGACUUGCAUCAGAUGAAGGAAACCUUUUCCACAAAGGACACUGUGUAAAGAAAAUACUGUAGCCGAGCCAGCACAGUAUGGCUCGGUCAUCCAUGAAGUUACUGGGAAAGAGCAUAAAGGACAAUUGGAAGAUCAUAUACCCGAGCCAAUUCAGCACAGUACGGUUUGGGUCGGCAAUAUAGUGGGAAAAGGUUAUCACAUCACUGACCAUGGGGAGGAACUUUUUUACCAUCUGGUAAACAGACAUGGAAUUGCUAACUGACUGACUGACUGACUGACUGACUGACUGACUGGCUGACUGGCUGACUGACUGACUGGCUGGCUAGCUGACUGACGACUGGCUGACUGGCUGGCUGGCUGGCUAGCUGACUGACUGACUGGCUGACUGGCUGGCUAGCUGACUGACUGACUGACUGGCUGGCUAGCUGACUGACUGGCUGACUGGCUGGCUGGCUGGCUGACUGACUGGCUGGCUGGCUGACUGGCUGGCUAGCUGACUGACUGACUGACUGACUGACUGACUGACUGGCUGACUGGCUGGCUGGCUGACUGGCUGGCUAGCUGACUGACUGACUGGCUGACUGACUGACUGACUGGCUGGCUAGCUGACUGACUGACUGACUGACUGACUGACUGACUGGCUGACUGACUGGCUGGCUGACUGACUGACUGGCUGACUGACUGACUGACUGACUGGCUGACUGGCUGACUGACUGGCUGGCUGACUGGCUGACUGACUGACUGGCUGGCUAGCUGACUGACUGACUGGCUGACUGACUGACUGACUGACUGGCUGACUGGCUGACUGACUGGCUGACUGGCUGACUGACUGACUGGCUGACUGACUGACUGGCUGGCUAGCUGGCUGACUGGCUGACUGGCUGACUGGCUGACUGACUGGCUGACUGACUGGCUGGAUAUACACCACUUAAACAGAGCACUUGUUUCCACUUUCAACACAGACAGUUGUUAUUUUCCUUCAGUCUGUUUUUUGUUUAUUUUUCAAAAUGUCAUGUUUCUUUAUUUGAGUGUAUGCAAAUGCAUUUUUUUACUUUGAGAAAGGACUCUAUUUAUCUUAUGAAGCACUUACAAUUUGGGAAAUAAGGGAAGAUAAGAAUAUGUGUAAUUUAAAUGUACAGUAAGUUGUAUUUUAUAUUAUAUAAAUACAUAUAUAGAAAAUGAUAAUAAAAAAUAGUUACAUUACAUGGUUUAGUAUUCAAUAACUUUUUUUCCCCAUGUUCACUUUAAAGGUUAAAUAUUAUUGACACAAAUGGGGAUGUGACGUCAGACACACUAUAUUUCAGAGUGCAGAGUAUAAUAAAAGUCGAUAUAAAUAAGAUGAAGAUUAUACAGGUACAAUGUAAAUACAUGUUUGUUCUUUUUUGGUUUGAAAUACAAAGUGUGAUAUUUUGUGUCAGUGGGGAAUAGUUUCAGGGUUUUGUCCUUCAUGCUGAAAUCAGUGAAAUGUACGACUUGAUAGUUUAUCUGAAUCAUGUUGAAUGCUUUGACAAUAAAAUAGCUUUAUUUUCAUC